AUGGGAAAGGGGGAGGACGUGUGGGUGACUGAGGAAGGGGGAGGAAGGGGGUGGGAGACUCAAGGCCUGGCAGUGCGGACACCGUCCAUCAGCUGGAUAACGAAGGAGCAGGUGGUGGACAUUGGGUCCAGCGUGCAACUUGAGUGUUCAGUACAGUACUCACAGGACUACCCGGUGUUAUGGGUCAAGCGGGGCGCUGGGGAUGUACAGGACCUGCCCAUCUCCAGUGGACCUGGCCUUAUCAUUAGGGAUUCUCGGUACGCCCUCAGACAUGACCAGGGCUCUGCCACCUACAUUUUACAAAUCAAGGACAUCCAGGAGAGUGACGGCGGAGACUACAUGUGUCAGGUCCUCAUAGGCAUCAAUAACCGCAUCACUGCCAAUGUCAACCUCCUCGUGCGAAGACCACCUGUCAUUUCCGACAACUCGACCAGGUCUGUGGUGGCGAGUGAAGGAGACAGUGUAGAACUGUCGUGCUAUGCAGGGGGCAUGCCUAUCCCAGAGAUAUCGUGGAGGAGAGAAAAUAAUGCCAUCCUCCCGACUGGUGGUUCAAUUUAUAGGGGUAAUGUGCUGCAAAUUGCCAACAUUCGCAAGGAAGACCGUGGUACCUACUACUGCAUUGCCGAGAAUCAAGUCGGUCGUGGUGCACGUAGGAAUAUCAACGUAGAAGUUGAAUUUGCUCCUGUUGUCAAGGCAAUCCGUCCUCGAGUUUACCAGGCUCUACAAUAUGACAUGGAUUUGGAGUGCCAUAUCGAAGCCUACCCACCCGCUGCAAUAUCUUGGGUCCAUAAGCAGGAAUCCAUUGUUAAUAAUCAGCAUUAUAGUAUUUCCCAGUUCGCCAGUGCUGAUGAAUAUACAGACACCACUCUUCGUGUUUUGACAAUUGAGAAACGUCAGUUUGGUAAUUACUCAUGCAUGGCCACCAAUAAGCUUGGUCAGUCAGCAGCCACUGUGCUGCUCAGCGAGACCACCACGCCCGUGUGCCCGCCUGCGUGUGGCACUCUCACCUACUCUGCUGCCCACACGCCCACGCCUUCCGUCCUGGCUCUCCUCGCCCUCUUUGCUGCUAUCUUCCUCAGGAACUAAAGAGAGCAUGUUGUUCCCAACAUUCGGUACCGAGGCAUGUUGCUCUACACAGCAGGCUCCGUCACACUUACCUCACCUUCAACCUUUUCUCUGGCCUGCCUCUUGUCAUCUCUCACAAGCUCAUGGUAUAGUCACUCUGACUGUGUGCAUUUAUGCUGACACAUCAGCCCUGAUGUAGGUCAUAUGUUGUAGUCAGUUUGAUCUACACUAGACAUCAGUCUAAAUUAUGUGCUAUACUUAAGUAUCAUUUAAACUUUACAAAUAUUUAAGAUUUUCCUCAUCUGCCUGAAGAGAAACAGAUUAAAAUAAUCAUGGAACACAAGUAACUUGUGAACAAAACAUCUUAGGUUUGCAGUUACAUUACAUCACUGUUGCUCAAUUACAAACUGCAACUUGGUAUCCAUUAGGAAUUUCUUACUAAUUUAUCAAAUCCAACAAAAAGUUAAAAUUUCCAAUAUAUUUUGUUUCGUGAUAACGAGUCAGGUAAUUCUCUACUAAUUCACAUUUCAGCACUAGUUUUCAUCCUUGUUCUAUCACUUCUAUGAUAUGACAAAUGUAUAAUAUGCUUAAAGAAUUCAUUUUUAUAAUGUAAAUUUUUAACUGUGCAGGAUUCACAUUUCUCUACUGGUACUGUAAUUUUUGUGAAUAAUUUGGUUUACUCUUUUAGCAAAUUUAUUACAAUUAAUAUUUUUCAUUAAUGAACUGAAAGUGUCCUAGCAGUUCAUGAAUGUUCAUCAGUUUCAUGAUGGCAUUACUUUUAUACACAGCUCCAUAUUGCUGUACAUGUGUUUAUUACGAGGGUGUUAAUGGAAACCGAACAAAAUCUUGCAUAUUACAGUUUACCUCAUUGACUACUAAUCAUAUUAUACAAUAUUAUUUAGAAUUAGAGGAUAAUGGUAAAGUGUGUAUAUUUGGGUUUGUUUUUACAUUCUGGUUUGGAGUACUGUAUAGUGAAAAUUAACGUAACUCCAUCCUGGCUGAUACAUUAAUAGCAAUAAUCAUAAACUACAGGGAACAAUUAAGGAUCACAACUUGAGAUAAUUUAGCUUUGAUAAAAUUAAACCUUGUGUGAAGUGUGUAAAGUUAAUGACCCAAAAUGGCCAGAUAUAGAUAUAGUCCCAACAAUUGAUUCUGUAAUGGGAACUAUUUUGUGUAGAGCAAACAUUUUGUUAAUAAAGAUUUCUAUCAGUUCUGAAUAGGACAUUUUUCCAUUAUGUGUUACCAGAGCUGAUCGGUGUUUUGUUUUGGUGAUUAAAGAGCUAACAAGCUUUGAGUAAGCUACUGUAUAUUGCAUACUGGCAGCCUUAUGUCAGCCUCACUGUAAAUGCAUCAGUGAGAUCCAACUUGAUACAUACAAUAUAUUUUUUUGUGAUAUAAUAGGAAUGUACAGGAAUUAAAUUAAUUGUUAAUAUAAUAAACAGCUAGAGAUGAUAGAGACCAGCUGUAGGUACGUUGUACAUGUAAAUAAAGAAACUACAAAUUUAGUAAUUCUUCAACUGGUAGAACCAUGUACUUACCAAGAUUGUACAAGUUUUCAACUUUACCCAUAUAUCAAAUUUAACAGUGCAUUAUAUGCAUCAACACCUUAUAGCCUCAGGAAAUUUAAGUGGUUAACAAAAAUUCUGGAAACACAUUCUAUUUAUUUACCUUUUAGGUUCCUUUUCCAAAGUUUAGUACAGUAUAUGUGCCAUUUUCCACAUUAUUACCCCAUGGCAAGGCUAAUUACAAUACAGUACAGCACUACUAUAUACACUACUGUAAAUUAACAAAAUACUGUAUUGAAUUUUAUUCAAUAAAUUGUUUAUAAGUACCUGUACUGUAAUUUUUAAAUUUUUUAAAUUUUAGAAAAUUGUAGUUUAGAACAUGGCAAAAUCCAUAGUUUUGUCACAAUGCAUUUUAUUGACUACUGUAUUUGUAUAAAUUAGUGCAAUUUUAAGUGUGAUGUAGUAGUUAGUGUGGAAUGUUUAUGUAUGAGAGAAUGACUAUAUGUUGUGGUUUGAAUCAUAGCACUUAUUUGUGUUAUGGAGCAAAAUAUUUUGUAUGUUUUUCUUUCAAUAAAUAAACUUACAAAAUUA